GGUGUUUGGUGUUCAAAACACUGAGCACUGUGAGAGGCUGGGUCAUACGAUCUCUUUGACAUUAGGGGUCCGCUUCGUCCCCAUUCUGAGACUUGCUGCUCAGCGAUGCCCCCAGGCCUCGGAGAGAGAGGCUCCUGGUUACUGGGGCUCCUGCUGUGGCUCAGCGUUGUAAAUGCAGGAGAUACACCUCCGCCCCCACAGACAAAGUGCACUGACUUCCAGAAUGCUAAUCUCCUCCGAGGCACCAACCUCAAAGUCCAGUUUCUCCUCUUCACCCCUUUGGAUCCUAGCUGUGGGCAGCUAGUGGAAAAAAGCAGUGACCUCCAGGACUCUAGGUUCAAUGCAACUCUGGGAACCAAACUGAUUAUCCAUGGAUUCAGGGCUUUAGGAACAAAGCCUUCCUGGAUCAAUAAAUUCAUUGGCGCUCUUCUGCAGGCAGCAGGUGCUAACGUGAUUGCUGUGGACUGGGUUUAUGGCUCUACAGGUGCCUACUUCUCAGCAGUGGAAAAUGUGGUUAAGCUGGCUCUUGAGAUCUCCCGUUUUCUCAGUAAACUCCUGGUGUUGGGUGUGUCGGAGUCCUCAAUCCACAUCAUUGGUGUCAGCCUGGGGGCCCAUGUUGGGGGCAUGGUGGGACAUUUUUAUAAAGGCCAGUUGGGACAGAUUACAGGUCUGGACCCCGCUGGACCAGAGUACACCAGAGCCAGCCUGGAGGAGCGCCUGGACGCUGGAGAUGCCCUCUUUGUGGAAGCCAUCCACACAGACACUGACAAUUUGGGUAUUCGGAUUCCUGUUGGACAUGUGGACUACUUUGUCAAUGGAGGCCAAGACCAACCUGGCUGUCCCACCUUCAUUCAUGCAGGCUAUGAUUAUGUGAUUUGUGAUCACAUGAGGGCCGUGCACCUCUACAUCAGUGCCCUGGAGAAUUCCUGUCUGCUGAUGGCCUUUCCCUGUGCCAGCUACAAGGCCUUUCUUGCUGGACACUGUCUGGAUUGUUUUAACCCUUUUCUGCUUUCCUGUCCGAGGAUCGGGCUGGUGGAACAAAGCGGUGUCAGGAUAGAGCCUCUUCCCAGGGAAGUGAGAGUCUACCUCCUGACCACUUCCAGGGCUCCGUACUGUGUGCAUCACAGCCUCGUGGAGUUUCACUUGGAGGAGCGAAGAAACAAGGACACCAACAUUGUGGUCACCUUCCUCAGCAGCAAUGUCACCUCCUCGGGCAAGAUCACCAUACCUAGACAGCGGCUGCAGGGGCGAGGAGUCAUAGCUCACACCAACCCUCAGUGCCAGAUAAACCAAGUAAAACUCAAGUUCCAGGCUUCCAACCAUGUCUGGAAAAGAGACCGGACUACCAUCGCUGGGCAUUUCUGCACUGCCCCUUUACCCGUCAAUGACAAUAAAAAGAUGAUCUGCUUACCUGAGGCAGUGAAUUUAAAAGCAAGUGUGACUGUUUCUCAUGACCUCAAAAUAACGUGUGAAUAAGCCUGGGCAGGCUACAACUCCUUGGAUUUCAGUUUGAGAGGGGGGUUCAAUUUAUUCUAGGCCAUGACCAAGAAGGAAGGCAAAACUCUUGGUUAUUUCCUCCGUAAGUAGCCACCUUGGAGGGCAGAGAUCUUUGACUUGGCAGAGCUUUGUCACCACUGCCGUCUCAGCCUUCUUACUCACAUUUAGCUACAAUUGUGCCGUAUCCGUGAGCAUCUGUACCUAGUAUUCAAUAGGAACAUAUACAGGGAAAAUGCUUUAAACAUUAAACAUUUUUAAAAAUAAAACUCCAUGAAAUAUCUG